UAGGCGUCACAGUCAUUCAUAGAGAUGGGCGUGUCCAGCCAUCAGGAGUGAUACAUCAAAGUGUACCAUCUGAAAUGAUGGGGGAACAGCUUGGACCAAAUGAAGUGAUGCAUCAGCAGCCCGAGUCACCAGGAGUGACGCAUCAGCAGCCCACAUCAUCAGGAGUGACGCAUCAGCAGCCCGCAUCAUCAAGAGUGAUGCAUCAGCAGCCCGCAUCAUCAAGAGUGAUGCAUCAGCAGCCCGCAUCAUCAAGAGUGAUGCAUCAGCAGCCUGCAUCAUCAGGAGUGACGCAUCAGCAGCCCGCAUCAUCAAGAGUGAUGCAUCAGCAGCCCGCAUCAUCAAGAGUGAUGCAUCAGCAGCCCGCAUCAUCAAGAGUGAUGCAUCAGCAGCCCGCAUCAUCAAGAGUGACGCAUCAGCAGCCCGCAUCAUCAGGAGUGAUGCAUCAGCAGCUCGCAUCAUCAAGAGUGAUGCAUCAGCAGCCCGCAUCAUCAAGAGUGAUGCAUCAGCAGCCUGCAUCAUCAGGAGUGACGCAUCAGCAGCUCGCAUCAUCAGGAGUGAUGCAUCAGCAGCUCGCAUCAUCAGGAGUGACGCAUCAGCAGCCCGCAUCAUCAAAAAAAAAGAAAAGAGUUAUGCUACAGCAACCCAGAUCAUCAGGAGUGACGCCACAACACAUUGAUGAUCGCUUUAAAAAUAUCCGCGAUGCCACGGAGGAUUCACUCAAGCAUGACGGAACAGAAUACGUGUCUACCUAUGCUGAGAGGUCUGCCCUGAGACUGUUGACAGAUUGUGGAUGUAUCUUCCUAAAGGGGAUGUCAGGAUCUGGGAAAUCACGGCUGGGUCGGCGGUUACUAGAAAAGAUGUCUAAGAUGGAAGGGAGGACUCCUCUCUGUUGA